UUAUUACUGUAAUAUCUUUCGCCAUAGGCAGUUUUUUGAGUGAACCAUCAUGGGAGUGUUUUCCACAGUGCGAAGCGUGGCUCAGAUGGCGAAAAAUUUCGCCGUUUUGCCUCGAGCGACGAAAUUACUUGUUGUGAACCCGAAGCACUUUGACGUCAAAUACGUCAUCAAUCCGCACAUGGAGGGGAAAAUUGGCACUGUGGAUUUUGCGAAAGCUGCUGCCCAGUGGCGAGACUUGAAGGGCAUUUACGAGAAACUCGGGUUCGAUGUGUAUGAGUUUGACGGGGCCCAGGGUUUCCCCGAUAUGGUUUACAGCGCAAAUCACGGGUUGUCUUUCCGGGGUGCUGAUGAGGGAAAAAGUGUGAAAGAAGUGUUUAUGAGUAACAUGGGCACUGAGCAGCGACGUGGGGAAGUCCCGUUUUUCGAAGAAUGGUACAAGAAACAAGGUUACAAAAUCCACCACCUCCCAAAUGAUUUGAAAUUCGAGGGCAUGGGUGACGCCCUGUGGCACGGCAGCAGGAAGUUGCUCUGGGGCGGCCACGGGUUCCGCUCCUCACCCAAGACCUACGAAAUAAUCUCGAAUGCCUGGAACGUUCCCAUUAUUACGUUGGAACUCCUGGACCCGGACUUUUACCACAUCGACACGUGUUUAUCCAUCCUCGACAAUGACACUGCCCUCGUAUUUCCGGGCGCUUUCACUGUGGAAGGAAACGAGAUAAUCCGGUCCGUGUUCAGCAAGGUGAUUGAAGCACCGGAACAAGAAGCUCGACGGAACAUGGCCUGCAACGCAUUUUGCCCCGACGAGAAGAACGUCAUCAUUCAAGCCGGUUCUGAGGUGACGAAUGAGCGACUUGAGAAAGCAGGAUUCACUGUCGUGCCUGUCGACACGACGGAGUUCAUGAAGGGCGGCGGAAGCGUCUUUUGCAUGAAAAUGUUCACUUGGUAA